UUUGUCUACCAGAACUAGGUAUUAACGGUUACCCGUUUCUUGUAUCUUUGGCUUUCCAAUAACAUUGGUUCUCGGAUGAAUUGAUUGACCGUACGGCGGUUCGAGAUUUUCCGAAGGACGAUAACGCGGGAUAAUUUACUGCUAAUAUAAAAUAGGGCUAGCGCCAAAUUGUUUAUUUCGGGAUGAUUUCCAUCUGGAGAUCCAGGAAAGGGAAGAAUCAGCCAUAAUCACCACAAUGGCCACGGCCUUACAAAGUCUGCGUAUGACAGCGCGAUGCUGCUCAUGCAGAAAUAUCACCUCCAGAUACACCAGCAAGGCAAUUGCUCAACGGAGGUUAUUCUCAACCACACCAAGACAGUAUAAAAUCGACCCGAAAUUUAAGGACCUCGAGGAGACAGAACCAGACGAGGAUGAGUUCAUGGAAGAGAUUGACGAUUUGUUUGAGAAUGCAGGUGCUCGACAUGCAAAUAAUCUACCCUCGUAUGGGUUCGACGAGGGUUUGAAGAAGAAGUUAAAGCCUACAUUUCUAAACAUGGGAGACCCAGAACCGUUCGAUGAAGACGAUAGAGAGGAUGACCACGAUGAUAUCACGACUUUGGCGCAUAUGGAGUUGGAGCAGGUUCGAGAAAUCAGACAUUAUAAUAGAUUGGCGGCAUGGGAGAUGCCAAUGUUGAGCAGUGAGUUUACCUAACGUUUCCCAAGGGCCCAAGUCGAAACAUGGGCAUCUACUAAGAAGUGAUGUAUAGAAUUGGCAAAGCCAUUUGUGCCACCCUCGGCGGAAACUCCUUUACGAUUCAGGUAUACUUCAUACAUGGGCGAGCAACAUCCAGCAGAGAAGAAAGUUGUGAUGGAAUUUUGUCCUGCGGACAUGCCAGGACUAACAGAAGUUCAAACGGACAAACUUAGAAAACUGGUUGGCACAAGACUCAACCCGGAAACAGAUAUUGUCAAAAUGAGCUGUGAGAUGUACCCAUCACAAGCCCAAAAUAAGCGAUAUCUUGGUGAUCUGGUUGAUUCAUUAUUGGCAGAAGCAAAGGUAUGUCUUGAUGUCAUCCUGUAUGACCAGGGACUAAUUCAAAUAGACUGGUGAUACAUUCGAAGAUGUUCCUUUAGAUACGCGCCAUCAUGUAUUCAAGACGAAGCCGAAAUUCCCCGUGGAAUGGAGAUUGACAGAAGAGAGGAAGAAAGAAUUGGCACAAUAUCGCCAAAAGAUGGUGGAGACAGACUCGAAUCGAGAAUAUAUUGGUCAAUUGGUGGAUGGCAUUGAAACGAUUCAGCAGAAAUUGAAUAAUCCAACAGCCAAGGAACCAGUGCCUGACACUAUCGCAGCUGGAGGGAAAAUAAUUGCCAACAAAAAAGUCGCUGUUAAGAGGUCGGUGUAAAGCAAUUGCAGCAUAUGUAGGAUGCGAUGAUGUACAAAAUCACAAAGUGCCACCCAAACUGGAGGGGCCUGCUCGGAUGGGUUAUUUGGUUGGUUGAUAGCUGCGGGCAAGUGACACGAACAGCAUGAUAAAAACAAUUUGGUAUAUCCGAUUCGGAAGACAAUAAAAAGUGAAACAAUGAUUAG